AUGGGUGAUCUUCGCAAUUAUUUCUCAGUUAAGCCAAAAAAGGAAGCAAAGCCGGUGGUAGUUCCUAGGAAAACAUCUAAACGCAGAAUCAUUGAAUCCGAUGAUGAAGAUGAAAUAGAACCUGCAAAGGCACAAAAGACCUUUGCUAAAAAACCUGAGCCUAAAAAACAAAAACAAGAAGAAGCUGUGGAUGUUUCAAGUUACUUUGCCCAACAUUCUCUUCGCAAAACAAGAUCUGCAUCGGCUCAAGCUAAGUCUGCAUCGGCUCAAGCUAAGUCUGCAUCUGAAAAGUCUACAUCUGAAAAGCUUCCUCCUGAAAAGACUUCUUCCGCAAAGUCUGCUCCAGUAAAAUCUGCUCCAGGAAAAUCUGCUCCAGUAAAGUCUGCUUCAGUAAAAUCAGCUCCAGUAAAAUCUACCCCAGCUUCAAAGCCCACGGAAGCUAGUGACGAUGACUUUGAUGACUCAAUUGAUGUUGACGAAGUAUUUAAAGAUUCUCGACCGGUAUCCAAACCUCUGCCUAAACCUGAUCCAAAGCUAGUUUCUCAAUCUGCUGCUAAUAAACAUGUCACCAAGCCAUCAUCAAAACCUAUUUCCAAACCCGCCUUAAGAAGAAAAACAAUUGCUGAUGACAGCGACGACGAUUAUGAAAUUAAAGAGGUGAUUCCGGCAGCCAAAAGAGCUUCUAGAGUAUCAUCAAUCACGGCGCCUACGGCAAGCUCAGCUGCUAAAGCAACUGUUAAAAAAACAACAACAAAAGUAGCACCAAAAACUAUUUUCAAAGAUAUUUCAUCUUCAUCAGUUUCAGGGAAAACUGCUGAAGAAGUUCUGGCAAAAAUUCCUAGCGCAAUUCUUCCUGAAAUUGAAGAAGAAAAAAAGUUUAGUUUCCAUGACUUUAAAGCUCGCUCAGACCAGCCUGCUCUAGAUGCUGAUAUUGAGAUACCUGUUGCUCGACCCAAGUGUCUUGCAGGACUUAAGAUUUUAUUUACAGGAGUACUACCCCAUCUUACUCGUGAACAGUGCAUAUCAAUUGUGAAAAAAUACGAGGGCACAGUUGUUUCAUCUAUCUCAAGCCGAACCUCUGUGGUUGUUCUUGGAGUUGAUGCAGGACCCUCAAAAGUUAAAAAAAUUAAGACGAUUGGUACCAAAGUAAUUGAUGAAGAAGGAUUUUUGCAAUUGCUGCGGGACAUGCCUGCGGCAGGAGGUUCAGGCGAACUUGCACAAAAAGCUAUGCUCAAACAAAAGGAGGAAGAACGCAAGAUUGAUGAGGCUGCAGCUAGUUUGAAAAAGGAGAUUUCAGAACGAUAUACAAAUUCAACUAAAGAGGAAGCGGUAUCUGCAGACAAUGUGCUGUGGACGACCAAGUACGCGCCGACCAAAAUGUCUGAAAUUAUUGGAAAUCCAGGUGCUGUUAAGAAACUACAAACGUGGCUAGCUAAUUGGAAAAAGAACUAUAAGAGUGGGUUCAAGAAACCAGGACCAGAUGGAAGCGGAGUGUAUCGUGCGGUUAUUUUGCAUGGGCCUCCAGGGAUAGGUAAGACAACAGCAGCUCAUCUUGUUGCAAAGAGCAUGGGGUUUGACGUUUUGGAAAACAAUGCAUCUGAUACUAGAAGCAAAGGCCAGCUGAGUGAGCAGGUGACUGGGGUUUUGAGUAACACGUCAAUUAUGGGAUAUUUCGGGACUACAGAAGAUCCUCAUGCACACCAAAAGAAGAAAAACUUGGUCUUGAUUAUGGAUGAGGUGGAUGGCAUGUCUGCAGGUGACCGUGGAGGAGUGGGGCAGAUGGCAGCGUUAUGCCGAGUCACACAUAUUCCUAUUAUUUUGAUUUGCAAUGAACGAACCUUGCCCAAAAUGCGGCCAUUUGAUCGUGUAACAUAUGACAUUCCAUUCAGACGACCUGAUGCAAAUGCUGCACGGGUGCGAUUGAUGAGUAUUGCAAAACAGGAGAAUUUGAAGAUGGAAGGAGGGGUAGUUGAACAGCUUGUUGCUAGUACACAUGCAGAUAUUCGACAAAUUAUCAACAUCAUGUCAACAUAUGCACGGACCCGGGAUUCGUUAAAUAUGGAUCAGAGUGUUGAUUUAAGUAAGGCGAGUGAGAAGCAUACAAUUUUAAAACCGUUUGACAUUCUCGCACGGCUAUUUUCACCUGGGACGUUUUCAGUGAAUAGCAAAAUGACGCUGAAUGAUAAGAUUGAACUGUAUUUCCAUGACCAUGACUUUACGCCGCUAAUGGUACAAGAAAAUUAUUUGAAUACAAUACCUGUAAGUGCAGGGAAUGAUCGGGUGAAGCAACUGGAGGCUAUUGUGAACGCAUCCGAAAGCAUUUCGGAUGGAGACUUGGUUGAUGCUCGGAUCCAUAGUUCUGAGCAGUUGUGGAGUUUGAUGCCACUUCACGCAGUCAUGUCUUCUGUGCGACCUGCAUCGUUUGUUUGUGGACAGGGGAAAUCGCGAUAUAAUUUCACAUCAUACUUGGGAAAUAACUCCAAGAGAGGGAAAUACGAUCGGUUAUUGCAGGAGAUUCAUGCGCACAUGCGACUUAAGAUUUCAGGGGAUCGGGAGGAAGUUCGGGAGGACUACAUGCCUUUAUUGACGAUGCUUUUGUUAAAGCCAUUGAUGAAGCAUGGGGUAGAGGGAGUUGAUCAAGUGAUGGAGGUUAUGGAUGAUUAUUACUUGACUAAGGAGGAUUGGGAUGUGAUUAUGGAGCUUGGUGUUGGGGUGCAUAGUGCAGAAGAGUAUGUCAAGAAACUUCCAACUGCAGUCAAGUCUGGAUUUACACGCAAGUAUAAUGCAUCGAAUCAUCCUGUGCCGUUUAUGAAAUCUGUGAGUUCGGUAAAGGUGGGGAUUUCAGCAGGGGCUGCGGUUGUUCCAGAUUUGGAGGAGACGAUUGGUGAGGAGGCGCCUGUGAAUGAGGAAGAGGGAGAUGAAGAGAAGAAGGAGAAGGAAGAAGAGGAAGAUCUGACUAAGGAUAAGUAUAUCAAGGUUGGUAAACCUAAAAAGGCGGCGGCGAAGAAGGCUCCUGCAAAACGUGGGGGUCAGAAAAGGGCGGCGACGACGACGACGACGAGUUCAGCCAGUGGGAGUAAAUCUGGAGGAGCUCGCGGGACCAAACGAGCGGCCACCAAGUGA